CUUUUCGUCUAUGCAAGAUAUGAAAUAUAUAGGAUACUGAGGGCAUCCAAACAGCUGAUCUGUUUAAUCACCUCCAAAAAUUGCCGAGCUGGUGAAUCCAUGCGUGCCCCCGCUCGGAGCAUCUCCGACUCCCAAUAAACGCGGGGCCUUCCAGCCUCUUACUGAGCCUGCAGCAGAGAUUGCAGUCAGGCGGGAAAAAUGCCGGAUAUUCUACGGCUAAAAUAUCUUGCUGGUGUUCGCAAUUUGCUCUUCUAUUUCUCAACUAUGGAAAGCCACCUAAUCAACUUGAUUUCGAGAAUAUCAUCAUCCGAUCUCGGCUGACGCCAACAAACAGUUGCCAUUGUAAUCUUCCGAACUUAAUAAGGAAAAAAAAAUACUGAAGAUGUCGACACUUCCUAAAUACGAGGAUCUUCCUGAUCCCCGCCGCUAUUGGCCUGCUCCAGCCAAUUCCUACGAAGAAGGUCUGGGAAUGUUGCGACUCCUUACCCCCGAGAUCGUCGCCAACGCCGCUCGCAACGAGAUCCAGACCGGCGAGCGUGUCUGUCUGAACUGGGAGCUCGAGAAACUUGAUCCCCCUGGGUUCGGACGCAGACGAUUCCAACAUUUAAUCAAGAUUGUCGAAUGCAGCAACGGAGCAGCGCUAGACGACGAGUAUCAUUUCAACCCUCAACAAUCCUCGCAGUGGGAUGGGUUAAGACACCACUCUGCGCCUUGGCCAGACCAUAAAAGAGAAGAGAAAAAAUUAUGGUACGGCGGUACAACACUCGAGGAAAUCAUCGAAACAGACUCACCACGUAUCGGAAUUGGGCAUUGGGCGAAAAAGGGAAUUGCUGGACGCGGAGUAUUGAUUGAUUAUGCCUCGUGGGCAGAAAAGCACAAAGGGCUGAAGCCAGAUUAUGCAUUAACCCGGCAUAGAAUUAGUCUGGAUGAUGUUCUUGCUAUUGCGAAGGAAAGCAAAAUUGAGUUUCAACAUGGUGAUAUACUCUUCCUCCGCGUCGGGUUGCCGCAAACGUGGAAUGCGAUGAGCGAGACACAAAGGAAAGAAUACUCUGAGCAGCAGAUGCCUUCACAUGCCGGUAUCGAGCAGUCUGAGCGUGUCGUUAAAUGGUUGUGGAACAGCCAUUUCGCGGUUGUUGCGAGUGAUGCUGUUAGUUUUGAGGUUUUCCCGCCUAUGGAGAAUGACUGGGACCUGCAUCAUCAUCUUUUGGCAGGCUGGGGAGUGCCUAUUGGGGAGAUGUUUGAUUUGGAUGGGCUCGCUGAAUUGUGUAAGCAGCAUAAUAGAUGGACGUUUUUUGUGAGUAGCAGUCCUUUGAACUGUGGCCGGGGUGUGAGCAGUCCACCCAACUGUAUGGCUAUCUUUUAAGUCUUGAAGCUGUCAAUUUUUAUGCAUUUCCCAACAAAUGAAAUUUGAAUGGCGUAUAAUCCACAGCCCAGAUGAUAUAUGACCCAGAACUUCCAUAACUCCUUUGACGAGCCUCAGGCUACUAUAAAGCACGUGAAUAAUGCAGACGCCAUACGUCAAAAAAGAAUUUCCCAGUCAACAUUUGAACUUUCCAAACGUCAAAUAUCAUCAUCAAGUCGAGAGUAUUAAUUACGAUCCGAGUGGUUACCUUCGUAUCCGC